AUGGAUGCUCGUACUCCCGUUUUUUCUUCUCUUUGCUAUCAAACAGUUGUUGAAACUAAAGACAGAUCCAUAUUUGUUGCUUCAGCUUUUUCUGGCCACCAGCAAGCUGUACAGGAUAGAGACCACAAAUUCUUGACAAAAGUUGUUGAAGAAGCUUAUAAAGGAGUAUAUAAUGGAGAUGGAGGCCCAUUUGAUGCUGUUGUUGUUUGCAAAUAUGAGAUAGUUAUGAGUUGUCAUAACAUGGUUUUAAAACACACAGAUCCAAAUGAUCAUGCUGAAGUUACAACAAUAAAAGAGGCAUGUAAAAAACUCAACCAAGUUGAGCUCUCUGAUUGUGAGAUUUAUGCCUCUUAUGAACUAUGUCCUAUGUGCUUAGGUUAUAAGGAAUGA